AUGGUGGCGGCGGCAGAUGGCGGCAGAUCCAGGGGUCUGAGCAAUGAGGAGCUGGAGACAGAGUUUGAGCUGCGGGAGUGUGCGGAUGCCCCGGGUGAGAUUCUUACCAAUGGAGUCCUGGCGCAGCGAGUUACUGGACGUGAGGCUGAGGAGCAGCCUCUGCCAAGAGGAGACCCAUUUCCUGGAGCUGCGGCGGCCGCUGGUGGCUCAGACUCUGAAGAAAGCACUGGGACUGAAGAAAGACCUGAAUCCCAAGCAGGUUCCAGUGGUGGCAGUACUGGGAUCUGGAGGUGGGACCAGGGCGAUGACAUCACUCUAUGGCAGCCUAUUAGGACUGCAGGAUCUGGGGAUGCUGGACUGUGUGACCUACCUGUCUGGAGUGUCUGGAUCUACCUGUUGCUCAUAGUUGGAGGUUCAUUCGGUCUUCGGGAAUUCACUCAAAUUCGAUAUGAUGCUCAGAAGAUAAAGAAAAAGCUUGAUCCAGCGCUGGAGGCAAGAGUUUCCACACAGAAGCAGAAAAUUACUCUUGAGACAGAGUAUGAGAAGUUGAAGGAGUUGAAUUUGGAAGACUGGAGGAAUAUCCGGGGCCCUCGUCCAUGGGAGGAUUCUCGACAGUACCAGGAGCAGCAGCGCUCCCAACAGGCAGUCAAGCAGGGGAGGGAGCUCUAGCAGGAGAGAGGAGCUGCACUGGACUCCUCUUCUGAGGGGAAUGCUGGUUUCCACCCAGGGGAGCUGUCUUCUGCUGAAUACCCUUGCCUGUAGUGGGUCUGAUCUGAGUCGGGUGCUUGAACUAAUUCAGGGCAUAGAUACCAGAAGGUGUGUCUUAAUAUGAGACCCUUUCCACCUAUCAGCAGAGAGAACCUCUGGAGCUGGAGACACAGCAGCCAGUUAUACAACAGAGUAACCUUUUUGGAGUGAUGCAUGCCAGUCAAUCAAAGAGGAGCCUGCCUGGUGAGAUGCCUUCAAGCCAAUCAAAGAAAAGCAACAGAUGACUUUUAAAACAACAUGUUGCUUGUAUGCUAUAAGAUGUAAUAAAUACUCUCUUGUAUUGUAAUUGAAUGAGAAUGCAUUUGUCAUUAGAUUGCUGAAUAAGCCCUACCUUUGAUUCUGGUUCUCUUGCAGUAUUUUCUGUAAUUCUCUGCUGCCCCUGGGCAGUAUAGAAGCAAUCUCGCUGGAGGGCAGUACUGCUGCAAGUACAGAAUGAUUCACUUCCCCUGCAGUUUGAACAGGAUCAAAUAAAGCAAUGCGGUUUGUAUUGACAAAACAAAAUCCUUUAAGAUUGGUGACUAAGUGCAUUGCACAAUCCACAAGUAGUUAAAAGGCAAGUAGCAAGCCGUCUGGAUAAUUAUUCGAAAGUGGAAGAAACUUGGGAGGGGGUGUCUGAACGGUGUUCAUUUUUAGAUACAGCCGAAUGAAAGCACACAAUGAAUCAUGCACCACUCCCCCACACUUGCAUGGGUUUGCUUUACACUACAUUAGUAGGAAGGACUUCCAAAUUAAACUUGUAUUGCAUCUGUACCAAACAAAUACAAGGGGAAAAUGAAACUAACUUCCUUAAGUUCUUUAGAUUGAUAAUAAUCAAACCAGGUGGGAAGCGUGUAAGUUUUGAUGCUGAAAAACGUUCACUCGUAUUGUCUUUAGAAGUAUUUAUCGGCAGGUAUCCAAUAAAUCCAUUCAUGAUGUGUUGAUUUAAAAACAAAAAAGCUGCCUCACUCAGGUUUCCAAUUGAGUACCAAUCGGUAGCAAUUCACUUCCGCUUUGAGUUUUAAAAGCCAAUCAGAAGAUUAUUUUCUUCUCCGGGGCGCUGACAUUUUUCCUGCUGUACUGCCAUGCCAAGGCUGUAAACCGACUUUGCAUUGUCAUCUUUAAACAUGUGUCCUUUUAUAAAUCAACUUUUAGAAAAUCUGUAAACUCUAAACUAUCAUUAAGCAGCUGACAACUCUGUAUCACUUAUCCCCCAUAGAUUUUUGUAUUACAUUACACUUGCGUACUGACUGGAUGGUUAUCUGGUUAAUUAUAAACAUUCUUUUUCUCAUAGACUGUCUAAAGGUUUAAAAAUAAAUGAAUAUAUAUAUACACACACACACACUGAAGCACAAAAGAAAUGCAACACUUGGGUCUGUAGCAAUGUGCCCCGCCCCUGUGUGCAUUUGUGUGUUAUAUGUUGCGUGUGGUGUGUUAAUGUUGGUGUCUUGUAGUUGGUAUACGGGAUAUAAUGUGGGUUAUGAGUUUUAAAAUGGUAUAAUUGUAUUUAGGCACGGGAUUGCACAAUCACUUCACAUGCAUUUAAAGUAUUUAAUAGUAUGUGAGCACGGGAGUGCACAGAUUAGUUCACGUGCUGGGAUUCAAGUGAAUAAUUAAUUAGUAAUUUAAUCCCGGCACAAUUGUAUAUAUAGAUGCACGAAGCACUCACUCGGGGUUGUGUGUUCGUGAGUGGAGAACGGGUGAGAGAGGAGAUAUUUAAUAACAAUUGCUAUUGCGCGCUGCAAGCACCAGCGCGGUACUUGUUUUUUGGGUUUGUCCCCAUUUGUUAUGUAUAUCUUUUUUUUUAUUUUGGCGUAAAGUGCAGUGUCCUGUGUAUUGUUCAAACUGUUUAUUUUCUGUCUCAUGGAUAUUAAACAGUGCAUUCAUUAACCAUU